GCGUUCAUCAAGAGUGGCAGUGCGGGCGGUGACGCGUUUGGCGAUUCAUAACUUGAGUGCAGAACAUCACUCGCCUCAGUCUUGUGCUGAACUCUAAUGCUGUGCACCGCGGCUCUGGCGCAGUGAACUUCACUGACUACUGCAUCAGGUCUUUAGCUACUGUAUCAGGCUCCUGACUACUGCACUAGACUUGCGGUUGCGCACUUGACUGGCCAUGAAGGCCUCGUUGACGCUGUUGCUGGUGGCCGGGGCGUCACUUGUAGCUGCUGUACCACCUCACCAGGACUACGACUCCUACAGCGACUUCACCACGACAAGCGAUGACUAUCAUUACGAGACCGACAAUGCAGUUCCUUGCCAGGACUUCACACCAGACGCAUGGAUGAACGCGCUGCCUCAGCCUCUGCAGAUAAAUAAACAGGUGGCCUCGACCCAGGACGAAGCUGAGGAGGUGGCGGACUACGUAGAACCUGUGCACGUCGUCAACCCGGAAUACGAUCCCUCAGACAGUGAGAGCACAGACGACAAUAACAGUGAGGAUGAUGACGUGCUGGUGCGACAUCGUCGAUAUGUUGUUGCCCAGCGCCCGUCCAGUGAAGCGCCCUAUGGAGAUUAUGAAGGUUCAGUCACCGAUACACACGUCACUCGUGAGGAUGAACUCGGUGAGGUCGACCGGGGAACACGUUUCGGUUCUGGAAGUUCGACGACAGAAAAUAACUCUGACGAGGAAGAAGAAGAACCUCUGGCGUCUAUAAAACUGAAGAAAGGCCAUAAGAAUAACGGGCCUCUUCUUCCUGGCAAGACAACCAAAAUUAUGCUGAAGAACUACCAGAAGACAAAAAUGUCGUUCCUAUUGACUAUCAAGGCAGAGGAAUCGGCAUCGUGUGGCUUUGGAACUCUCGGCAGCGAGUAUGUCUUCCAUAAGCUGGUGGGCUGCUGGCUCGAGCACAAGCACAAAGCUCAUGAAAUGUGCCAUCACCGCGGCAACGGUCGCAAACAUCACGCUCACGGCAACCGUCGUAACCGCCGACAACGAAGGGACAGCAACGCAGAAUUCGAUCCUUACACUGAUGAACGGCAGACUACAGCGAGCAUGGCUAGUGAGGAAGAUUUUGAUCACCAUGAUGAUCACAACGAAGGAAACGACACUGAUGAUGGUGACGACAGCCAUGGCCAUGGAGGUCUAGGUGGCCGUGGCCAUCAUCAUGGGCGAGGAGGACGACAUGGAGGAAAGGGUCACCAUCAUGAGCAUGACUAUCAUGGCGUCAACGACAUGACUUAUGGAUCGAACAAGCACGGUCGACGUGGUCACGGUCAGCCGUCCGAGGGCAGCGCUGAGGCGUGCGACAGCAACCUGAGGGGCUGGGUGGCUCCGGAGAGCAAGCUGGUGGUGGAGUACACGGUGCCGCGCUGUGGCUGCUUUGUCCUCAACGCUCACGUGACGUACGAGAGACAGGACGGCGGCUCGCUCGUCCUCACCCCCGACGCCAACUCGGAGUUCCUGCAAGUCUUCGAGUGCGUCGACGCGCCCCAACCGCCCUCGGAGAGCGACGAGGAUGAUGCUGACGAUGCCGAUGACGUGGACCUGGAUGGCAUCGACCCCCGCAACGUCAUAGCAGCGAGCGACGAGCAAGACGAUGAUGGCCAAGGAGCGCGACGUGGUCCAGCCUUCAACACCAGGGCGGCGCACAGACGAGGAGACACCGGCCGUGACCAAGAUAAGGACGACAGCAACGAAGAGUCCAAAGAAGACAACGAUAAUGAUCGUGAUGAUGAUCAGGACGAUGAAAAGGACAAUGUUUAUCGUUAUGAAAUUUAUGAGGGCAGGAAGAGGCGAGCUCCUGAAGGCGAGGACCAGGUUGCGGAGACCAGGGAGGAGCGCAGGCGGCGCCGGCAGCAGCAGAACGCCCAGCGACGCGCCGACCGCGCGAGGGAACGAGCUCGUGCUGAAGGUGGUGAUGAUACCAACGUGGUCGCCGGCAGCGCGGGGGAGGACGUGGACCAGGCCGAGCGCCGACGCCAGCGACGCCUGCAGCGACAGCAACGCAAACAGCAGCGGCGUCAGCAGCAAGCAGCUGCUGACGGUGGCAACGGCAACGGCAACGGCAACGGUGGUGGAGGCAACAGACGUCGUGGCCGUAACAACAACAGACGUCGAGGAGGCAACGGUGAAGAUGGCGAAGAUGAUGCACCUGUGAGCAAGCAAGAGUGGCGGAGGCGGCGAGCCUUGAGAAGACAGCAAGCCGCCGCCCGACGCCAAAACCGCGCGAUUUUGAGAAGUGAGUCAAGUGUGAGUGCUGAUUCAUUGUGA